GCACUUCAGAUGGAAAAAAUGCUCUUUCCUCUGGAAAGCCCUAGUGCCACAUGGCUGGGCCCCAGCUCCACUCCCUGGAUUGUGGAUUUCAUUCUCACCUGAGUGUGGAGCUGAGGGUUUCUCUUCCUAUUACUCUCCUACCUUCCCAGUGACCCACCGUCACCCCCGCUUGGAAGGAAGAGGAGCAGCAGGAAACCAUCAAAGGAAGAGAUUGGGAGGCCCAGGAGCAGGAAGAAGAUCCUAGCUCUGAAAGCUUGCAGAAUCCUCCUGAGGGAGCUGGGGGAGACUGAGGGCCUGACUCAUGUCUACUGUAGCCACCUGAGAAAGCUCACUGGGGAGGGUGGCUCUCACCUACCCUUAUGUGGAGACCCCCUGGGUGACAUGUACCAACCAGCACCUGCUAAGGCCCACCAACUGCAUGGGAAAUGCAUGCAAUGUCCAUCUCCCACUAGCUUGUCCCCAAGGGCUCUCCCAGCUACUCUGGCCUCCACCCUAUCACCAGGCACAACGACCACCUUAGAGCGUUUUUGACCACCCUCAACCCUGAGUACCUCCAGGUCACCAGAGCCCUUGUUACCCCUAAAACACCCUGCACCUCAGCCACAUGUGCUUUUUCCUCCUUCACCACAGCCCCAUGUUCCCGUGGCCUCCUCUCCACCUCCACCCAACUCCAGCCUGGCUGAAUUUCAGUGUGGCUUCACAAUAUGCCCCAUUCCCCAGAGCUGCCUUUUACACAACCAGGGGCUGCCUUCUCCAACCAGGGUGAUCUCUGGCUUUGGGUGCUCCAGUGAUCCCAUCUGGGACCUCUCCUGCUGGAGGGAGGCUGCCACCACCUGGGGCCUUUCCAUUUGCUCACAUAGCAAAUCUCAGCAACAGCAUCUUCCUGACCACCCCCUAGAGGCUUCCUUCUGGGGAGACCCCACACCCAGGCAGAUGGAGGUAGGUGCCUGCACAUUCAUCCACCUCGACAUGCAGAAGUGGCUGGAAACUCUCAUCACCAAUAGAGCAGUGAUGAAGAUGUGGCAGGAGAAAGAAAGGGGGCAGGCAGACUACCUGCAGAUGACAUCACUGGGGAAGGAGUGGGACAUCACGACUCUAAAUCCCUUCUGGAAUGUGACAACCCAACCACAGCAGCUGCCUGGUCCUCAGCAGGUCUCUGAUGCCAAGUCCAUGGGGGACCACUUACAGUGGAAAUGCAGCCAGCUCUUCUGAGACCUCCUCCCCUCUUUCAAUAGGGAGUCCCUGGUGGCCAUGGCCUGGGUUUCUAGGAACCCUUCCUCACAGAAUGUGUACUCUGUACCAUUGGAUAAAGCCUCUACUUCUCUUCAAGGUGAACCUGAGGUUGAGGCAUCCUCACAGCUUUCCCAGGCAUAGCCCCAGCCACACAUGGCCCAGCUCCAACCUUUCACUUCAACCUGGCCCCAGUCCCAGCCCCCACCUCUGGCUGGGAUCCAGAAGCAGUCCCACUUCUCACCCCCUGUCCCAAGCCUACCAUGCUCUUCUGUACCCCAGAUCAGGUUCUGUGGGGCAUCUUGCCCUACAUCCAAUGAGAAGGCACAGUGUGUCAUCCCCAAUGGAAUGGAGUAUCUUGAAUGGCCCUUGCAGAAGUGACCAAAGUGGAAGAGGGCUUUUCCCUUUCUCCUAAAAAAUUCUCAGGCUGUCCUGAGCCAGCCCACUGCCCACCUUCCCCAGAAGAGGUCAGCUUUCCAGAGGCCCCAGUCAGCCUCCAUUCUUUCUGGGGUUGCCUCCAGCACUGAGAUCCCAGAGCACCGGUGGCAAGGAAGUAGUGCCAUGUGAAAGGAGCAGUCCCAUGGCCCUCCCAGCAGAUUCCAUCUGGAGACUCUGCAACCUGAGGGGGAAUUCCCAGGGAGGCCCCAGGGUCAGGCAGAAGACACACAGGGGGUCCUCUUGCCCUCCCAGGCUUCUGAAUUUGCAGGUAAGGGCAGGAAGGAUAUGCAGAAGACAGGGCUCAGGAGGUUCUCUGGGAAGAGGUGCUUAGGGUCCAAACUAGAGGCACAACCAAGCCAGGAUCAAGGCACAGGAAGGAAUUCAGUGAAGGUUCUGGAGAAAGACAAGGAGGAGGCAGACGGUGACUUCAGGAAGCCUUGGAAGUACCAAUCAGUAAGUUCCACACCCUGGGGCCCCGACAGAAAGCAUUUGGAAAACAAGCUGCAGGUCCCUCUGGACAGGAAGGUGGGGGAGAUCAAGGAGAGCUGGAUCCCCGUGUCUGUGUGUCACUCCUGGUUCAUGGCUUUGUGA